AAAAGACGUAUCGAAACGAAACGCCCAAGAAAGCAUGUCGCGCCAGCGCAUCUCGGAGGACGAAGCGCUGCAGCUGCGCAAGGAAAAGUUCCGCCUUGCACAGAGCAAUACCGUCGAGGGGGGUAUCGAGGGCUCGUUUGAGAGCCGAUUUUCGCUGCUUGAGGCGCCGUUCUGGAAGGUUUUUUAUGCUGCGUGUGCCGCCGGUCCCGAGUGGGUCAACCAUCGAUCGCAACUCAUUUCCUACUCGCUGCCGCAGACCAUCAACAGCACCGACGCUUACGGGGAAACCAUGAUGACACUGGCCGCGCAGCACAAUCGCGUUCAAGUCCUCACGGUGCUACUUGGUAUUAAGGGCGAUCCAUGGCGCACAAACCAAAAGGGCUGGAGCGCCGUGACAGUGGCCGCCGUCCAAAACCACGAAGCAGUCAUCCAGCUGUUUGCUGCGAAUCGCGUCAAAUUGGACUUGCCCGACAAGCGACUUGGGUAUACGCCUGCGCACUUUGUUGUGCAGGCACAAAACGACAAGAUGUUGCGGCUGCUGCACGACCUGCAUGCCGACCUACGCAUCGCAGCCAAGAACGGCUACACGCUUCUCCACACGGCAGCCGAAGCCGCGGCCGACGAUUGUCUGGUAUACCUUGUCAAAAUGAAACUUAUACCCGUGGACGCCCGAGACACCAACAACGAAACCGCGUGCCACAAGGCAGCGCGGCACAACCACAACCGCGCGCUCGAGAUCCUCUUGGCCCACGGCGCAUCCUUUUCGCUUGAAAACCGAGAGAACGAUGGUGUCGCCAACAUCCUCCUUGACGACCUUCACAUGCACCGCCGGUUCUAGUGCCUUCAACACUCUCCUUUUCAUGCGAACAUAUCGUCUCGGUGCCCACAUAGUUUUCUUAUGUAUUGUAUACGAAUACCAAACUGCACUCAAACGCUCUAUCAAAUGAGCUAUGCUCGG